CUGGGAAUGAAAGCACAGAAGAAGACGCUUAGAAACAACUCGCGCUACUGAGGGAAUAAACCAGAGUGAUGAUCUUUUACUGGAGCCUGUCCCGCCGUCUGAAAACUCUUUAUUCUGUCAGAAAACAGCGCUAAGUCACAGCUCUGCGAUAUAACACAUGCUUAUUACAGUUUAUUAUCGUUGUCUUGAGGUGAUCGUUUUGCCCGCGAAACUGUUUGAAAGCGUGUCGUCGUUUACACCCGAAUGUAGUUUAUUUGUAAACAGUGUACAAUUAUUGAUCAACUGCUUCGUUUUACACAUCAACACGACAGGGUUUCAUUUAUUUUAAGAUGUCGUGUUAUAUUAAUGCUGUUCAGUGUCAUUAAAGCCCGAGGAAAAGCUGAAAUGAACUUAAAUGAGGUUUGUAGCCGAGAGAUCUUUUUUUUUUAGACUAUUAGAUUAGAAAACAGUCAGAAGACAGAGACGAAAUGAAUCACGGCCACCAGAGACAAAAUGGGCCCCUGAUGAGCUCGUGGACCCCUGACGAUGAAGAUGAAGAUGAUGAAGAGCCCUCAACAUCAGCAGCAGGCGGCUCAUUAGAAGUGCUAAAGGAUGAAGUCGUCCAGCUCAUUGAGACUUUUCCAAAUGGAGUGGAGGUGUCCAGAUUGACCAUCAUGUACAGGAGAUUCUACGGUAAACGCUUCGGACCCUUAAGCGGCUACGGCUUAUCAGGCCUUCAGGAGUUGUUGGACCAGAUUAGGGAUCAAGUCUACGUGGAAAGGAUUUACAAUAAAAACCUGAUCAGAUCUGUAAACUCGCCGAGAAACCGCAGAGGUCACGGCGCAAAUAUGGACGACGCUCCUAAGAAAGCGAUAUGUCAGAAAGUUGUGAAGACAGUAAAGAAGCAUCCUCAUGGGAUUCCUCUAAACAAGCUGGCAGAGGUCUUUGCUUUCCGGUUUAAACAAACUCUGUCGCUGGAAGAAUUGGGCUUUUCUUCAAUGGAAGCCUUUGUGGCGUCUCUGAGCAAGGAUCUACUGGUAGAAGACGGUGUGGUCUUUCACAAGAAAACUAAACUUCUUACAGGUGAAGACUUUGACAAGAAAUGCAGAGAGAUUGUGGAUUUGGUGAAAAGCUACCCGCAAGGCAUCCCUCUUGCCCAAAUAGCAUCAUUUUAUCAUACGGCUUAUGGGAAAAAUUUGAGAAAGAAGGAAUUGGGGUUCUCCUCGCUUGCUGAUUUCAUUCACUCACUCACCCAAGAGCUGUAUGUGGAAAAUGAACAGAUUUACUACAAGAGCGCCGAUCCUGAAGCUGCAGCUCCUAAAGCACCUCUGCACAUUGAUGGUGUUUUUAAAGAUGUCAUUGAGCUGGUUGAAGAUCAUCCAGAAGGCGUUCCUAUUAGGAAACUGUCUAAUUUCUUCAGUCAGAGGUAUCGGAGGAACCUCACAGUGUCAGACGUUGGGUUCGAGUCAGUCGCAGACUUCAUUGAUUUUCUAAGUGACGAACUGUUGGUGGAGAAGGAGAAAAUCUUCCAUAAGAAGCACAGAAAUGCAUCUGCAAACCCAACAACACAUGCAAGCCCUGCUCCAGUUACCAAAAAGUGCCCUGUGGUUUUGUUUGGCGCUGAUUCUGCUGGAGAUGUUGAAAUAAAGCAGGAGGAUCUGAUGGAUAAAGUUAAAGAGGUUAUUAAAAAGUGUCCUGCUGCGAGCUGCUCCAUUGCUGAGCUGCAGAAGGGAUACCGGCUCCUGUUUGGAUCAGAGCUGCCUUUAAAACAAUACAUGGCGCUGUAUGACAACCAUACCGCAAAACAAGCCUCUUCCACUCGACUAGAUAGUCGACAUGUUGGAGCAAAGUGCACUGAAAAACCUCCAGAGACAAUUAGCAAAGAUGAGAAGAAACCGUUGUCCGUUGUGGUGAAUGAACAAGUGGUACGGUCCAAGGCGGGAUCCCCUUUGCUUCAGUUUCCCGGUGGAAUGGCAACCCCUGGAAAUCUGUCAGCAAGUGACUUCCCGCUUUUUGGAUCUAAACCUUCCAAAGCUGAUAAAUUGAGGCUAAAGGAGGGCAGAGGGCCUGUGUUCAGCGAGACCUACUACAGUCAGGUGAGGGAGGUGCACGGUGCCAACAUGAGGGCAAUGGAAGCUCUGCUGGACAAUGAAGAGAAUGCCGGAAAACGCAGAAAAAACAUGAGCGCUAAUGAUGUGAACUGUUUGAUUGAAGACGUCUUGAGAGCUCUUGCAACUGAAGGAGAGCACGUCACCAUCGAGAGGGUGAUCGGCAGAGUUUGUUCACUUCUGCAAGUGUGCAGCUUGAGGGAUAUGAACAUCGACCCUCGCCGGCAUCUUCCAGCACUGCAGGAUCUUCAGCGCACGCUCAAGGAGAUCAAUUUGUAUAUUGAGUCAGUGGAGGCCGUGUCUUCAGUCUGCACACUUUACGAACUCGGACAAGCUCUGGCCAACCUGAAGAACAAGAAGCGCUUCGAGGAGCUGCACCUCGGCCCACUCUGCAAGCUUCCUCUCAUCCACCGCAUGUUCAGGAUCGAUGCAAACACUAAAGACGACGACGUGCAUCAGAUCUCAACCGUCGACAUUCUGAGGAGUCUCAGAAUGUACAGGAGAAUAAACAAGGUGCCUAGAGUUGACCUUGCAGAGUUCCUAAAGCAUCUUGCAGAUCAGUACAGCUGUGAGUCUCCUUAUGAACUCGGCAUCAGGAUCCAGAGUCUCGGCCUGCCCAUUUCGACGCUAAAUAAGGCUUCGGCUGCUGACUACUUGCUCAUGGAGAAAGCCAAAGAAACCAUUCAGAAGGAGAUCCAGGAGGAGGUGGAGGCCAAAAUGUAUAAGAUCAAGAAGAGCCUGCUGGAUCCAGCGCAGGGACCCAUGAUCUUCUCCCACAUCGGGAACGCAGAGCUGAGAAAGAAAUACGCAAGUAUGACGGCCACCGAUGCAGUGCUGGAAGUCUUCAUCAAUUCUGAAGGCGUCUUCAGUAAAAGCAUGACGAAGACCAUUCAGACGUUCCUCUCCUGUAUAAACCGCGACCGAUUAGCCAGAGCUUUAUUCCAGCUAGCGAUAUGCUGUGGCUCUCUGGAUGCACCUCAGGAUCUGGUGGCGAAAGAAAAACCCCAGAAAAAAGCAGAGAAAAAGACAGAAGAGACGCCGGCGGAGAUGCUCCCUACUGAAGAUGAUGUGAAGAGGUUUUUCCAGGAGUCUGUGUGUAACUCUAAGAGCACGCUGACUCUGGUGCAUCUCCGCACGCUGGAAAAGAGGAUCGCUGAGCACUUCCGCUUCAGAGACUUCAGUCAGCUGCAGCAGGGGACUUUCCUGGACUUCAUCAUCAAGAACAAAAAGGUCCUGCAGGAGGCAGCAGGGGGCGCCGUCUGCAUCGACAACCAGGAUCCGGGAUUGAGCGGCUUCAGGCCUUGCAGACAGGAUGUUUUUGAGUUCAUUAAGCAGUGUGGAGACGGAGAUGACAGCAGGCUGGCGUUCAUCGAGGCGGCUCUGAGGAAUCAUUACCGGAUACGGGACAGUCGUGAGCUGGGUCACGGGCCGCUGAGUUUUCUGCUGAACCUCACCCAGAGGCAGAAAGAGCUUAGCGGACACGUCCUCGCUAGUGCUGUUCGCUACGAGUGUCCACUGCUGCCCAUCACUACAGGUGUGUGUGUGUCUGAGCCGGCGGUGGGUCUGCUGGGUGAGGUGGGUCGGGAUCAGGCGAUGGCGGCUCUGCUUUCGGCUCCUCUGCUUCAGGAUCUGCAUGACUGGACUCAAUGGCAGCUCGUGUUUCUGCCCAAUCACGGCCCUCUGAAGGACUUCAUCGACAAAUACUGUGGUAAGACGGAGCUGCUGGCUCUGGAAGUUUCUCCAGGCGUUCUGCUGAGAGUCACGUCUGAAACCGGAGACAAACACUUCAGUGACGCCGCUCAGGCUCUGGAUCCGCUCCGCACCGCCGGACACCUCGUCUCCAUGGCAGUGGCUGAUGGGAUACCGAACACGCCCACUGCGCUCCUGGCCAAUCACAUGGAGAGUGCACUGAAUGUGGGCGUGGCACAGGAAGAAAUCUCCCCUGGGGAUGACGGGUACUCGUACAGCACUGUGGCUCGGUUUGUGCUGGAGUGCGUCACGUUGAUUCCUACAAGAAUCUGCAAGGAGCUCCUGCAGCAGGUGUUCCUGGAGCCGCUGUCUAAAGUGCUCGGUCAGGCCAAAUCUAAAGCUGUCCUGCUGGAAGCAGCGCAGACAAACACCCGGCACCUGAAUAAACUGCAUCAGAUGGGGCUCCUGCUGGGCAUCACUGAGUGGAGAGCAGACUUUAAUAAGAAACUCCUUCAGUCGCCGGCUGCUGCUGCUGACGCUGUGCUGCAGGAAAAGAAGGUUGUGCUGGAAGACUCCAUGAGUGACCUUUCUUCAGUGCAGAGUCUAAAUGAUGUGGAGAAUGAGGAGGAAACGGCGUUCAGCACAUCUUCCAGCAGAGCCAAUCAGCAGGACAGUGAAGACGAAGAUGCUGCUGAUGAAGUUGAUGAUGAUGAUGAUGAUGAGGAGGAGCAGAUGUAUAAGCUGGUGUCUGAAGAUGAAGACACAGACAGCAGUGAGGAGGACCAGGAGGAGCCGUCUGAUGAACCACAGGAAGAGGAAAAAGAAGAGGAGGAGGAGGAGGAGGAGAAGCCGAAUCCACAGAGAGCCGUCAUUGAGGAUAUCAGGAAGACGGAGUUUGGCAUCGGUGUGGAGCUGAACCAGGAGGGCCAGAUUCUGAUGGAGAAGCAGCAGGCCAGACUGGGCCGCAGUCUACAGCGUCUGUCUGACGAACUCUACAGCAAAGACACACACUUCGUCCUGGAGCUCAUUCAGAACGCUGAUGAUAACAGCUAUCCUGACGGCGGAGAGCAGCCGGCACUAACAUUCGUGGUGGAGAAAUCAUGCAUCACCAUCCUGAACAACGAAUGCGGCUUCGAGGAGAAAAACAUCAGAGCGAUCUGUGACGUGGGCAGGAGCACCAAAGGAAAGCACAAAUACGGCUACAUCGGGCAAAAGGGCAUCGGCUUUAAAUCGGUCUUUAAAGUCACAGACUGUCCCGAGAUCCACUCCAACGGUUUCCACAUUCAGUUUGACAAGACCAGUGGCCCCAUGGGAUACAUCCUUCCCCAUUGGCUGGAGCAGGAGCGACCUGUGAACCCUGCGGCCAAAGAGAUCGCAGAGAAGAGAUGGACUACAAAGAUCCAUCUCCCCCUGCGGACGGAGAACUACCAGACUAAAAACCUCUUCCAUGAUGUUCAUCCGUCUCUCCUGCUCUUCCUCCAUCGCCUUCGCUCCAUCACCAUCUUCAACGAGGCUGAGAAGCGUCUGGUGUCGAUGACGCGGCGAGAUUUGAGCCAUAAUAUCCUGGAAGUGUCUCACACUGGAGGAGAAGAGCGCUGGCUAGUGCUCAAGAAGAUGCUCUUCCCCAAAAAGAUUAAAGACGAUGUGGAGUCCACAGAACUGGCUCUGGCCUUUCAGAUCCACAGCUCGUCCUGUGCUGACGUCAAACCACAGAAACAGCCCGUCUUCGCUUUCCUGCCGCUGCGCAGCUUCGGUUUCCGCUUCAUCAUCCAGGGUGAUUUCGACAUCCCUUCCUCCAGAGAGGACGUGGACCGGGACAGCUCCUGGAACCAGUGGCUUCGCUCCGAGAUCCCACAGCUCUUCGUUCAGGCCAUGGACGUCUUCAGCAAACACCCAGAGUUCAGCGGGCUCUCUGGCCUCUGCUACUUCCUGCAGUUCAUUCCUCAGCCCAGUGAAAUCCUGGACUUCUUCAACCCGGUGGCCAAUCAGAUCAUCCAGCUGCUGAGGGGGCGGGCCUGCCUUCCUGCCCAAGAGGACCACGAGGGCCGUGUGGAGUUCAGGCAGCCGUCGCAGCUGGCCGUGUGUCCGGACCGACUGAUCCAGCAGGUGAUUGGUGGACAGGAUCUGAGCCGCAGUCUGAGCCUGUGGUAUCUGCAUCCGGAUCUGCAGUGCAGUGUUUCCGGCUCUCUGCUGUCAGCGCUGGGUGUUCAUCGCCUCCGAGCUGCAGAAAUCCUCACCGUCACCUGCUGCAUGGCCAGAGAGCUGCUGCAGCACACACAGACACACACCGAUGGAGAGCUGGAGAAGCUGGCGCGGCUGCUGGUGUGUAUUUUCCGCGCGCUGGAGUCGGAGUAUGAGGUGGACGCUCUGCUUCAGUCCGUCAGAGAUGUUCCCAUGAUUCCUCUGGCUGACGGGAGUGUGGUUUCUCUGAGCUCAGAGGGAGUGUUCUUCCCGCUCGAUGACGUGACGCAAGCUCACGCAGAUCUGCAAGCGCUCUAUCAGGACCUAAACACGGUGGAUCGGCGGCUGCUGCAGAGUCUGGACGCGCUGGGGAACUCUCAGGUGCGGGAGCUGCUGCGCCGACUGGACGUCCACGAGCUGGAGCCACAGCAGGUCCUGCAUCAGCACAUCUACCCACAGCUGAGGAGCGGAGACUGGCAGAAAAAGCCGCAGGGGAUCGUGGUCAGUUACCUGGUGUUCAUCAAGCUUCACGCUCAGGAUCAGGAGAUCAGGAGUCUCGCUGCACACGUCCCCGUGCUGACCAAUCAGGGCUUCCGCUGUCCCGCAGAGCACAGAAUACACUUCAGCAGAGACUACAAGAACAUCCACCUGCCCAGCGUACUCCCAGGUGUGCAGUGGCUGCUGCUGGACUCCUGUUACCUGCGUGCGGACGCAGACGUGAGCGGCUGGAGGAGUGUCUUCACUGCACUCGGGGUUCGAGACCUGCUGAUCUUCAGGAAGGAGAAGCGCACGCUCACCACUGCGCAACUGUCGUGCAGCCCGUGGGCCGCUGAGAGCGCACUGUGGCCGACUCCAGCAGACGGUCAGUACACCAUCAUGGAUCAUCAGUGCUCAGAGCUCCACACACUGCUGACCACAGAUCAGCUCAGUGAUCAGGAGAAACUACAGCAGCGGCGCGCGCUCAUACAGCUGCUGGACAACAACUGGAACUCUGGAGAGCGGUACGGUCAGCUGGUCUCGGCUCAGCUGCUGGAUGCUGACGGUGGAGUUGUCCGAAAUGUGCGCUCCUCCUUUAUUCAGAUGCUGACGGAGUUUUCCUGGAUUCCCACACACAGACCCAUGUGCAGCACCGUAUCAUACCUUCAGCCGCGGAGCGUUUACAUAUUAUCUACUGCGGUAAAUAGGCUGCUCGGAGCACACGUGGACUACAUGCACAGCGAGCAGACGGCCAGCGAGUUCACUAGCGCCAUAGGAUUGAGGCACAGUGUGUGUGUGGAGGACAUGGUGGGUUAUCUGAAGCGCUGGUGUGUGAAGGAGUCUGAAGAACCAUCUGAGGAGCCUGAAGGAGCAGAUUUCUCCAGCACAAUCGAUCAUAUUCAUGCGCUUUACUGCUAUCUGUUCAACGAGUGCUCCAGUGGCCAGCUCAGAGACCUGUUCCAGCGCUGGCCCGCCGUCUACAUCGAGUACAACAGGGAUGGCGACCGCAGCUCGGGACGCUUCUAUCAUCUAAAAGAGGUCUGCUGGUGUGAUCCUACAGGCAUGUUUCAGAGAUACCGAGAGCUGAUCCGCAGAUCUGACAGCGGCGUUCAGGAGCCGCGAGUGCUCGCUCCGCUAUACAGCACUCUGCAGGACAUGAAGAGCAUGUUUGAGACUCUGAGCGUGGAGCCCAAUCCUUCGAUGAAGCAGUACGUGUGUCUGCUGGAGGCGGUGUGUGAGUCUGCUCCUCUCGCCACAGGAGACGUUCUUCAAGACGUCUCGAUCAUCUUCGCUAAACUCGCUGAUAAAUGUAGAGUGUGUGUUCACGGAGAGCAGGAGCAGCUCAACCAGACCUACUGCAGCUCUCUCAGGGAAAUGGUGUCUCAUAAAAGAGUGUUUCCCACCAAGACCAGCGGGUGGGUGACGCUGUCCCGUAAACCCAUGAUCUCAGAUAACGCACACUUGGAGAAGAUCUUCAAGUCACACACUUCAGUGUGUCUGCUCAACCUGCCGUCCGCAGCCAAGAAAACAGCCAACAAAUACAAACGAGAGGGAAAGCAUGAUAAGGAGGCAUUCAGCGAGCGCGACCGAGAGUUAUUCCUGCAGAUCUGCGGGAUCGAGCGACUCUCCCAACGCGUGACCACCGAACCGCAGACCGAGAGCUACAGACCCUGUCCUGCGGUGCAAACGCUGGUCCGGCAGCUCGUGCCCUUCAUCCAGAGGUUUAUCCUGCACCACAGCGACUUUGAGGAGGCGUAUGAGGAGCUGAAGGAUUCUGGGAUCGCUCAACGCAUCAGCGCUCUCAGUUUCGGACAGGUGGGGAAGCUGUAUAUUCAUUAUCGGCUCGAGCUGCCGGACGAAAGCCCCAUCUUUGAGAGCGAGGAUAUCAUAUGCCUGCUCAAAGACCAGAAGGAGCUGUACAUCCACAAAGAUCAUCUGGCGGCCAGACUGGACAUCUGCAGAGAGCUGGUCAAACUCUUCACAGCGGAUAAGAUGUUUGCGAAAGAGCUGGAGCGGUUCCUUCAGGGCCUUGUGACCUGCAUAAAUGAUGGAUCUGCACUGAAGAGGUUUCUGGAUCGAGAAAAUGCUCAGAAGCUGCCAGAGAACGAAGAAGCGUGGGACGUCCCAGCGCCGGUGGAAGUGAAAGCAGAGCCCGUCGUGGUUCGUCCAUCAGCAUCUGCCCAGCAGGACAUGGUGCAGCCGGAGCAGAAUAAAGAGGAUCGGCUGGUCUGCUGGCCACCCAGAGCAUCUCUGCACAGAACAGGCGGCGGCAGCUCAGUUUCAGGCAGUCAGGCAGUGGAUGAGGUGAUGAAGAUCUGGCCUCCUCCUCCUCCUCCUGCAGCUCAGUGUGAUUCCGGGUCAGAGUUCAGCUCUUCCAGUUCCAGUGUUCAUCCACACACUGCAGAUCCUCCAGCAGAGGUCAAAGUUCAGCAGGAACGCAAGAUCAAGAGCAGCGCAGCACCACACACAGAGCGGAGGGAAGAGGUCUCCGCGCAGGACGUCCAGUCUGUGGUCAGUCGUCAGAACCCUGCAGCGCCAAACACAGAUCCAGAUGAAGAGCAGAGUCAGAAAACCGAAGAGGAGAUCAGCGUGACUCAAACCACUGAAGAGGAGAAGCAGAACCGCACAGCAGCAGAUCAGCACACACACCAGCACAGCGCACCACAAGUCCCGGCUGCUGCUCCAGAGUUGGUUCUGAGCCAGUUUCAGGGUGCGGAGAGUGUCCAGCGGCCGUCUUUAACUCUGGAUAGCGCUGUUUGGAACAGAACUGUGUGUCCUGAAGAAGUCCUAGAGGAUCUGCCGCUCAACUUCAGUCUGCCGGAGACUCUGCUGCUGCCUGGAGAUGGCCAGAUGACUGAGGACGCGGCGAGCAUCGGUCAGUGGGGCGAGCAGCUGGUGUUCUCCUUCCUCCAGCACUGGCAUCGCAGUGGCUCCGGGCCCUCAGAAAUCACCUGGUUCAACCAGAGCGGGGAGAGCGGGCGCGCCUGCGACUUUAAACUCAGCUUCUCCGACCAGGAGAUCUUGGUGGAGGUGAAGACCACGGUGAGACGCGACCGUCACUUCAUCCGCAUGUCUGCCAAUGAGCUGGACCUGGCGCUGAAGGAGAAGGAGCGCUACCAUAUUUACCGCGUUUACGGCGCAGGAGACGCCCAGCACGUCCGACUCUGCCGCAUCCGCAAUCUGGCUCAACAUCUCCACUCCAAAUCUCUGGAGCUCUUCUUAUUCGUCUAGCCGGCGUUUAAAGGAAAACAUCCCGUUAUUAGAGGUUUAUCAUCUUAUAUUACUGCAGAUACGCAGGUCAGUUUUACCAGUUUUGUAACUGGAGCACUUUUAGCUUAGCUUAGCAUAAUUGAUUGAAUCGGAUUAGACCAUUAGCAUCACAUUCAAAACAUUACAUCUUUGAUUUUCCAUCAGUCUUAAUACACGAUGUGACUACAGAGUUGAGCUUUGAAUUGCAAAAAAAAAAAAAAAAAAUUUCUAAACUCUAAUCAUUUUUGAAUGCACUGCUAAUGGUCUAAUCCGAUUCCAUUAUCUAUGCUAAGCUAAGCUAAAAGUGCUCCGUCAGACGUUGAGAUUGGCUGAGUGGAUUGAAAAAUGGUAAAACUCACCUGUAAUCAAUUACUUAAGUCUUGAUGAGCUGUUAAAUGAGAAUAUUUAAUCUGAAAUAGUGCAGUUGUUGUUUUAUUAAUGAUGUCAGACCACUGUGACACUGUUCAGUUCUGCCUUUAUCACUGUUUCUACUGAUUCACAGCCAGUUUGUUCACUGUUCUAUUGAUUUUAUAGAGCUCAAGUCAGUAAAUAAAUGCAGUGUUUUGUAAAAGAA